CCACUCCGCCAUCAUCACAAAUGAUAUACUUCAAAGUCAACGACAUAGAUCUCCUCAUACUUCUCUUCCUACUAUGUCCCUCUCAUAUCUGCCCCUCCGAAGACGACAAAGCUCGCGUCGAAGACAUCACAUCUGGACCAGAAUCAAGGAAUACAUCUCAAUCGCCAGCGCCGACUAUCCCACCCUCUGGGCUCAACACCACGUCCACGGGUACCCGCAACCAUACAUCUUGUUCUAAGAAUGAGGUGUAGGUUCAGCCAGCCGACUCUCAAUACCGAUUUUGUCAAGGAGAUGGGUGCUCCAAGAUAUGGAUCGAAAUCUCUACAACCUCCCCAAACAGCUCGUGUGGAAAGUUUACGUGUCGGUCUGCCUAUCUUAGUUGCUCUCAUAAACUUGAUAUUUCCUCCGAACUUGAAUGUUUCGAUCUCAAUAUUACCACACCAGUGGUGGCAAAUGCGGGUCAUGACAUUCCCAUUUUAUAGCUAUAUUGAGUUUAUGUUGGGGAAAGAGUGGAAUUCGAGGUUCAAGGGAGGGAAUGAGUUAGAAAGGGAGAUUGUGAGGGGGCUUGGACCCAAUGAGAAAGUCGUUGAUGAGAAUAUAGUGUUGUUCUUGAGAAACUGGAGGAGAAAUGAGAACAGGAAUGUUAUCAUAAAUACAACGAGGAAGAGAGGGAGGUCUUUCUGGGAACAUAUAUUGCACAUCUCGUCCAGUUUCCCGGAACAGGGGAUCGUAUUGCUGGCAGAGAUGCUCCAGCUUGAUGUGUGGUUGAGUCUUGAGUGUGCUCGUAGAACUCGGGACAAGAUUCAGAUAGAACAUAUUGAUAUAUUAAAAUAUAAGAUAGUGAUACAGAGUGGAGAUGCAAGCGUCUCCACGAGAUCAGAAGAGCAAACGAAAUUAUUUCGGUCUUCCUACCGUCAGUACUUCUCGCUUGUUCACCCCUCACUAGGACACCCAAACAACGGAACCAAAACAAACACUCUCUCACGAACACUACCUCUUCGGUAGCUGAUCGUUCGCACGUCCCAGAACUACUUAUGCACGACAUCCCCUCUACCCGCAACCUACUCCACUACGCUUUACUCUCCACUCGCUCCCUUGCGUUUCUAGAAUAGUCGAGCGGAAAAGACCCGCGAUAUCCCCAAUUCCCGCAAUUCCCGCGUCGUCAUUGCAGCCACUCCACUGCCUGCCCCUCUCUGUUCUGGCUUCAGGACAAUUUGUACAGAAAAGUUCCUGUAGAAGAUUCGAGUUACAAAGAUAGGAUUCUAUAGAGGAGUUAAUUGAAGCCGAGUAAGGGACUGCGCCGAGGGGCGUGUGUCGAUGUCUGCAUGGAGGGGUAAAAUUGUGCCCCUCCAUGCGGCCGCAUUGCGACAUUACCACAACUCAACAUUUGAGCAAGAAAUUCGGGGAGUUUGGAAAUCGAUGGAAAUAUGAGAGGGUAGAGGUAGGAAUGAAGAAAGGAGACUUUGAUCAAGUACCAAG